CACGUUUGGAAUCAGAGCUUCAACAGGAAAUCAACACUUUAGUCUAGCUACAUGGUGCUGAAGUAUAAAAAGUGUAGUUGGCGACCCAUCCAUCAGCUUGCACUUCAUUUCCAUGACUAAACUUCCUCAUCUCCGUAGUUUCCAUAUGGGCAAAUUUUAUUCGUUGUUUCAAGGAAUGGCUCUACAAUACUCGGACCAGAGCAAAACUGGGACUGACAACAAGCGUGACAUAUUGCUUAGCGUUGUAAGGGCCGGGUACAUUCUGCUGCUUAAUAGCAAGCAGCGACUAGAGUCGUGCAAGGGGGAAUACGAGGCUGCGCUGAAUGCACUGGCGGUCACAGCAAAGGAAAGUGACAGGAAUCAGGCUGAAAACUGCCAGAAGAAUGUCGGCGAUACGUUGGACCGAGUUGCUGCUGCUGUAGAUGAUGUGAAGGCUGUCGCGAGCCAGUACCAACGGGAUCUCGAUAUCCUUCGUAAGUUCGAUAAGGAGACACCUUCAUUGGAUGGAACUUAUGCCGCCAGCACACCUCCACCGCAGGCAUGCCGUCCACAAACUUCAAGCGAGUGGACAGAGCCACGGGCUUUGCCAAACGAAAUCGAUGAAUACUUUACGAGGGCCAUGAGCUUCAUCGAUGACUUUAUGCGGUUUGAGAGAUGGUAUGGUAACGGCCCAUUCAGUCCUGGGUACAGGGGGAGUCUGCUGGGUAAAGUGCAGAAGAAGUACUUCAUGGAUAACCUCGCUGAGAAAUUCAAAACCGUCAUGAAGCUCGCACUUGGGGUUUUGCGGGUGGAGAUUAACGAGAUCGGGCCGCGGUUCGACUUGGGCAUCCAUGUUGACAUCUUUGACAAGGACCCUGACAUGCCGCGAAUGACCUUACCGAUCUUUUUCGGAGAAGAGGCCGCUAAGGGCAUCUGACUUUUUGCUCUGGUGUGCAGGAUAUAGGCAUUGUCUAUCAUUGGUUUACAAAUAUCAUACUCAUAACCUUGAAAAUAGUGCAUCGGAAAAUGC